AUGAUGCUACAAAUGGCGAGACUCACGGCCGAUGCCGACUACGAUGCCGGCGAAACGUCUGGGAAUGUACCACGUCCACGGUCCUACUCUGGAAAUGAUCAUGCAUGCAAUAGACUCCGGACUAGUCGGGCCGUCAAAGAGGCAAGUGAAGCCGAUCCUUUGACUAAACGUCUGCUAAACAAUCGCGGUAUCUCUCCUUCCCUCCUGAGCUAA